AUGAAUUCCAACAUCAACAUUCUUGCAUCAGAACUAACCUUGCCAUGCGGCGCAGUGAUUCCAAAUCGGUUUACCAAAGCCCCCAUGGAGGAAAUGCUGUCGACUUUGGGCGGGGGUAAGCCAAAUGACGACGUGUACCGUCUCUACAAAGCAUGGGCUGACGGUGGCUGGGGCUUGAUUAUCACGGGAAAUGUCGCUGUGGAUCGCCGCUACAUCGGCAUGUUCUUUGAUAUGGUUGUGCCUGAUGCAGGCAAUGAAAAAGUCGAUGCCGAGUAUCUGACGGAGUUCAUCAAAUAUGCACGCGCCACAAAGGGCUUUGAUGUCGGUGACGCACGCGCUGACUCCUCGCCACCGGACGGACGCCGCCCAUUGGCAGUCGUGCAGCUUGUGCACUGUGGGCGUCAAUCGAUGCGUGGCUCAUUCCGUUUUCCAUGGAAACCAUCUGUUGCUCCGUCGGCCGUGCCAGUCCAGGUGUCGAAAGACAAACCAGGUAUGAUUGAUGCCAUUAUGUUCGGCACACCACAUGCAUUGACUUUCGAUGAGGUUCAGGACGUGAUCCAGCGCUUCAUCCGUGCUGCCGUCUUCAUGGAAAAGGCGGGCUUCGAUGGCAUUGAGCUUCACGCUGCUCAUGGAUACCUACUCUCGAGUUUCCUGAGUCCAAAGACCAACCUUCGAGACGACGAGUAUGGCGGCGAUGCUGAGCGCCGCUUCCGUAUAAUUCGGGAAAUUAUCGAGGGAAUCCGAGAGAAGGUCUCGCCAAAGUUUGUCGUUGGCAUCAAGCUAAACUCCAGUGACUACAUUCAUGGUGGACAGACGGAGGACGAUGCACUGCAGAACGUCAAGUGGCUGGCAGAGACCAACAUGGUGGACUUUGUGGAGGUGAGUGGCGGUAGCUACGAGUCGCCAGCUAUGGCCGGGAAUGCGUCGGAACGAACGAAACAGCGCGAAGGAUUCUUUGUUGGAUUUGCGCAGCGUGCUCACGGUAUCCUUCCACCCAGCUCGCAAAUGCGGAUUCUCGUAACUGGUGGAUUCCAUUCCCGGGUGGGGAUUCGAAAUGCGGUUGAGUCAGGUGUAGCAGAUGCGGUUGGUAUUGGACGACCAGCUAGCAUUGAGCCAGCACUUCCUCGCAAAUUAUUGGACAACAAUAUUUCAGAUGAGGAUGCGAAGGGUGAAACAUGGACGCCACCGCCACCACCGUCUUUCAUGCCGAAAGUCGCAGCGAUUGGUUUUGGCUGGUCGACCAUGUGGCACUCAGCUCAACUGCAUUUGAUUGCCCACGGCAAGCCAACGGAUCCUAAAGCAAGCAUGAAGGAUUUCUUCCUCAAUUUGCACUAUUGGAAAUAG